AUGCGGCGCCCACUGCGCGCCACCGCGCUAUUCCUCUGCUAUCUUGGCCUCGGUCUAGCGGCAGAUCAAGGACAAGAAAAGCAGCCCUUCUCGCAACGCAUGCUCGCCAGCAUCAUCGGCCGACAACAAGGCGUCGUGAGCUCAGGCGAAACCACCUCGACGCUCGAAAGCGGUUUCCUCGCGCUCACCCUGCUCUCGACCGCCGACCGCUAUGCCGAGCAGGCAUCGACAUACACCGGGUACCUGAACCGAAUCCUCGACAUCGCGUCAGCAGAGCUGGACAAUGCGACCGCAGACGCCCUGCUCCCGUUGGACCGGCUGAGCGUCGGCGUCGCCCUCUCCGACGCCGCAAAGCCGCUGGGCGGCUUGUCCAAAAACCAGACCGCCGCGGCGACGGCCUUGGCAGCUUCGCUGCGGGCGCAAGCGCGCAAUUACCUAGGCGGGUACCUGUACUACGCGGGCGCGUACCCAACACUGAGCUAUCUCGACGGGCUCUUCUCGCUGCUGCCGUACACGGUCGCGCAGCCGUCGCCGAACUACACCGACAUCUCGCUGCAGCUCUCGCUGCUGGUGAGCCGCUGCCAUCAGGAGUCCAGCGGGCUGGUCACGCACGGGUACGAUGCGAACUUCACAUACCCCUGGGCCGAGCGCCCCACGGGGAAAAGUCCGUAUGUUUGGGGGAGAUCGCUGGGGUGGUUCAUGAGUGGGUUGGUACAGGCUUAUGGGGAGCUCUGCUGUGCGUCUGCGAGCCGAGCAGCUCGGGAGGAGCUCGGGCCGGCAGAAACACAGCUCUGCGAUCAGCUGAAGACGACGUUCCAAGACACGGCGCGGAAUCUGAUCCCCUACGCGGACCAAUCUACUGGCGCGUGGUAUCAACUCACCGCCCUGCCCGGCGAAACGGGCAACUUCCUCGAGAGCUCCAGCACGUUGCUCUUCACCUGGAGUCUGCUGAAGGCCAUCCGGCUGCAGAUACUCGCCGACAUGGACUUUGAGUCAACCGUGCAUGAAGCGAGCAUGAAAGCUUAUCGCUACGCGGCGGAGAAUUUCCUGGUCUAUUACAAUAUGGACGGAAGCUUCGCGGAGAGCGGAGGUGGGAAUGGGACGGUGGGAAUCAAUCAGACGGUCGCGGUGUGUAGUCUGAACUCCACGGCCACAUAUGAGUAUUAUACUGGGAGACCAAUCUUGUUAAACAGCUUGUUGGGGGAAUCGGCUUUCGUCAUGGCGAGUUUGGAGGUUGAGAGGCUUGGGGAGAGAUGGGGAGGAUAG